UCAACUAUUCGGUUGUAGCUUUUAAGCUUACAAAGUAUUUUUAUUUUAGGGUACCGAUGAAAAAUGGAAUCUGAAAAUAAAAGAAGACGAUUUUUCGAUGCUGCGGCGUACCUGACUACCCCUACCUACAAGGGGGUCUACGAUGGGAUUAAGGAACACGAUCCUGACCUUACAAGCGUGUUCGCUAGAUCCUGGAGGCGCUGUGUGAAUGGAAUCCUUAUCCCAGGAAUCAACGCUAGUGUCAGCAGAGAAGCUCUAGAGAUUGCAAAGACGGAUGAGAGAGUGUUCGUGACAGUCGGAUGUUCUCCUGCCAGGAGUCAUGAAUUUGACAAAGAGGGUGCCCAAGAGUAUAUGAGGAAUCUUUUGAACCUUAUAGAGAAUAAUCGAGACAAAGUUUUGGCCUUCGGGGAGAUGGGUCUGGAUUACCGCUGGCUGGAGAUUUGUGACAAGGACACACAAGCUAAGUAUUUUGAAAUGCAGCUCGAGGAAGCAAAGAACAUGAACAUUCCAGUAUAUAUAAACUCAAGAAACUCUGUGUCGGACACGAUGAAAAUCCUCAAGAAUUACGAGGGGAAAUUCUCGGGCCUGAUACAUUCGUUUGACGGAACGAAAGACGAGGCGAAGCAGUUCCUAGACCUGGGAUAUUAUAUUGGAAUCAAUGGGUGCUCAUUAAGGACGGAGGAAACUCUAGCUAUGGUCAAGUCGAUACCCCUCGACAAACUCAUCCUCGAGUCUAACGCCCCCUGGUGCCUCAUGAAACCUCUACACGCUGGCUACAGGUAUGUCCGGACCACAUACCCAGCCAGAGCCAAGUUCCACUGGUCUCCAGACUCCAUGGUGAGAGGCCGAAACGAACCGUCCAAUAUCAACCAAGUCCUCGAAGUGGUAGCAGCUGUGAAGGAAGAGAGUCCAGAUGACAUUUGCGAUAAACUGUUCAAGAACGCCCAGGACUUGUUCUUCGGGGGAUCCCAGGAUGACCCUCCUUUUGACUCAGGAAUGCCUAAGCCGAUGAACGACGAUGGGGAGCAGGAUUUUGGAUCUGAAGAAUUUUAA